CUCGUGUGACAGGCGAUGUAAUUUCAUGUGUUACAUCAAUGUCUCCUCUAUAAUGCUUCCACACCAGAAGCGGAUCGUCACGAUACCGGAGCAAUAUAUAACAAAAUGCCACUUUACGAAUUAAAAGAAAUAAUUCCCGAGUUUGAUUGGCUGGAUUACCUGAACGUCUUACUACCGACGACAAUAACAGAAGAAGAACCAAUCGUUCUGUACGCUUUGCCUUAUUUAAAAGAGCUGAGGAAUAUAUUGAGAGAGACGCAUCAGAGAACAAUUCAUAACUAUUCAAUCUGGAGGCUGGUGAAACAGAUUUUGCCAUUUCUGGUGGGAGAAUACGCCCAAAAACGGUCGGAAUUUCGAGAAAUAUUAUACGGAGUGUCCGCGGAUAGGGCCAGAUGGACACAUUGCGUCGAUUUGGUGAACAAAAGAAUGGGCAUGGCCGUGGGGGCGCUCUUCAUCAGGGAUAAUUUCGAUCCCAAAAGCAAAGAAACGGCACUCGAGAUGAUUCAUAACAUCAGAGAAGCAUUCAACGAAUUACUGGAAGAAAAUUAUUGGAUGGACGUCGAAACCAGGGCGGUGGCUAAAGAAAAGGCCAACGCCAUGAACGAGAGAAUCGGUUAUCCGGAUUUAUUAACCAGUCCUGUGGAAUUAUCGAAAGAAUACGAUGCGCUAAUCAUCCACGAACAAUAUUUUCUGAUAAAUCUCUUCAAUGUUUUAAAAUUCGAAGCAUCGAAGAAUUUAUUAAAAUUACGUCAGCCGGUUAACAAAGACAGAUGGACCACGGAGCCAGCAGUAGUCAAUGCGUUUUACGAUCCAAACAAGAACGAUAUCGUUUUUCCGGCUGGAAUUUUACAACCGUUAUUUUACAGCCAAUACUUCCCAAAAUCACUGAAUUAUGGAGGAAUCGGAGUGGUUAUCGGACACGAAAUUACCCACGGAUUUGACGACAAAGGUCGGCAAUUCGACAAAGACGGAAAUUUAAAGCAGUGGUGGAAUAACGCAACCAUUAACAGAUUCCGAGAGAGAACUCAAUGCAUCAUCGAUCAGUAUUCCAGCUACGUUCUAGAAGACACAAAUUUAAAUGUAAAUGGGAAAAUGACUCAAGGCGAAAACAUAGCCGAUAACGGAGGACUGAAACAAGCCUACAGAGCGUACAAAAAAUGGGUGAGCAGAGAAGGAGAAGAAUUAAGCCUACCGGGUUUAAAUCUAACACACGAUCAGUUAUUUUUCCUUAACUACGCACAGAUCUGGUGUGGAUCGAUGAGACCGGAAGAAGCCAAGAAUAAAAUAAGUUCUUCGGUUCACAGCCCUGGUCCAAUCAGGGUUAUAGGUCCACUCUCAAAUUCUUUUGAUUUUGCAAAAGCUUACGACUGCGUUCCGGGCAGUAGAAUGAAUCCGAUAAAGAAAUGUUCCGUUUGGUAGAAUGUUUUCAAGUGGCAGAAAAUCAAACACAUCCAAAAUUUAUGACGUUUUCAAACAAUAACAAUGCGGACUGUGCAAGACGAGUCCACCUGAAAGAUCCACUACGAUGGCAAUGUACAGUACAACCUAAUUAUCAUAUCAUGCAUAUAUAUAAAGAACGAAAACCUUUACCGUAUCACAUAUAUACAUAUAUAUUACGUAUUUGUAUUUAUUCUAUGUAAAUAUUGAAUGAAAUUAUUGUACAAUGUACUUAUACUUUCAAAUGUAUUUUAUUAAGUAUUGUUAAAUGUUCCAUUUUAUCUUCCACAUUUUGCUUUUGUAUUCUUUGUCAGUAGACCCGUUUCCGUGUGCCUUUAUAUGCUUAUAAAUAAUUUCUUUUGUGUACAGAAUUAUACAAUUUACAAUUAUAAAUAAAUAUAUAUAAAUAAAUACCCCCAACUAUUCCUU